AUGGGCGCCUGGGCUACCUUCCAGCCCGCUGCAGGUGGAGGGACCUGCUGGGUGGCCCUGAGCCAGGCGGGGGAAGCUGAGCACUGGGCACGCUCGCUGAGGCAAGCCGGGAGAACCCAGCAGCAGCCAGGCAGGCCAGGCGUCUGCCCCAACGGCCUCUCGCCAGGCACUGGGGCGCUCCGGGAAGGAGAACUCUCUCCUGAGAGCCGGGCCGCCCCAGGCCCUCCAGCGGAGAAGGGGGCUGCGGAGGGCAGAAACCCAGGGCCCCACCAGCCUCCGCCUGCCCCUUCCCAGGAGGCCAGACUCCCACCCUGCUGGCCCAAGACAGGAAAACAGAGGCUGGAGGCCAACGGCAGACCAGCCAGAAGAGGACAAGAGGCAGGGCCCCCUAUCACAGGGGGGCAACCUGCUAAGCAAGGAGCCGGAUCCCAGCCUGGCACAGCGGCAGCAGACCCAGCGCAGGGACCCCGCUCGCGCUCACAGCGCCAGCCUCUGCCAUGGAGAGCAGCACUGAGCGCCCAGGUCUGCGGGCCACCCGAAACGCUGCCGCCAGGAGCGCCCUCGCCGCCGCCGCCGCCGCCACCCUGCUCCUGGAAGACCCCGCGCCCCCAGUCGCCCUCCCCGCCGCCUCCUCCCCCUCCUCUCAGCGGCCCGGCUGCGGCCCAAGACCGCGCACUCAGGCACCAGCUCCCUGGAGGCCCCCGGGCAGAGGCAGAGGUGCGGCGCCGCUUGCGCUGGGGCAGGCCCUGCCAGCGCUUGCCCGGAGCCCCGACUGACCGACACUCCCCGCCAGCCGCCUUGCGCUCCCAUGGAGCCCGCAGGCGGGGAGCAGCAGCCGGGGCACCCCUGCUGCAGCCCGAGCGAGGGCGAGGCCAGCAGAGGCCCCUCCGCCCCAGGGAGGGCCAGGGCAAGCCAGCUGGAGGGCAGGACCACGGAGCAGCCUGCCGAGGCACCGCGGCAGGCCAGGGAGGCAGCAGCCAAGGCGCCCAGCCAGAGGCGCCCCCUCGCCUGGAGGAGCCCGCCCAGAGAGGCCGGCCGGGCUGUGCUGCAUCGGGCCUGGCCUGCUGCGGAAGCCUUGCGCCGGAGCUCCUCCGCCCUGGCCGAGGCCUUGCCGCCAAUUACCUGCAGGGUGACCAAGGGGCGGCUGCUGGGAAGAGUGCGCGCCCGCCAGUCCCUCGCCGGGCGCUGGAAGCAGGUCCGGAGGCGGCCGAGGUCUCCCCAGCCAGGCGGGCUCUGGCGCCGCCGGCUACCUCGUCAUCUCAGGAGGGCGGCUGGCAGCCCAGCAGGGUCUGGAGCCGGGGAGUCGCUUCCCGAGCAGCUUGUCCAGGGGGCUGGCGCAGGCUCCCUGCCAAGGCUUCGGCAAGACUGCUGGAGCGCGCCUCCCUCCCGGAGCCCGGGCGCCUCCGUCCGCCGCUGGGUGUGCACUCGGGCGCCUUCUGGGGCAAGGCGCCCUCCUCCGUGGCGCAGGCGGACUCCAGGCCCCGCCGAGGCUCUCCGGGCCGGUGUGUCUCUUUGCGGGCUCUCGUGCCAAAGCCCCCCCGCGACGCGGUGCACACACGGAGGAGGCAGUCACGGGAGGGGCAGCGGUCCCAGGCGGCGGCGGCGGCGGCAGCAGCAGCAGCGGCGGGGCGGCGUGGUCGGGGGCCGCCAAGCGCCACGGGAUGCCAUCUCCCUCUGCUGCGGGGCGAGGAGCCAGGCGCGGGCUAA